AUGGCGAAUUCACCGACGUGGGUGUGCCCCGUCGUCUGCGAUCAUCAUCACCAUGCCACGAGACCACGCGGCAUCUUCUCACGUGUCAAAGAAGAAGCUGUCUCGCCAGUGUACGCAACGUUUCCAGCGACUGUACUGGCUGUUGCUUGCUGUUUCGUCAAAGAAGGCACUGUGCAGACCUCAGUAAUGGACAUCCUGGUCCCACGACGGCUGCUGUCCAAGGACCUUUUGACCAGCGAGUCCUUCGACUGCGCCGACGCCUUCGGCCACGGCACCUUCCAAAAGCGCCUGCUGCUGCUCUGCACCAUCGCUACCUUCCUUGCGAACCUCCACGGCUUUGUAUUCCAGUUGAUUAUGAGAGACGUUAAAUACAGGUGCAAGCUUCCGGCGCCGCCGCCGCAUUACAACGGCUCUGCGCUGGAAUGGAGGAGUUUGUUAAUCCCCAAAGAAGCAGAUGGCGAAUUGAGCCUCUGUCGCCGCUACGAGCAUCCUGAGGAACCAAACGGCAGCACCUCCAACACAAUUUCCUGCGGUGAGUGGGUGUACGACGACGAUGACGAGCCGGCGCGCACUAGCAUUGUGAGCGACUGGGACCUCGUCUGCGAGAGGCGGAUACUCGUCUCGGUGAUGAUCGCCGUCCACGUCGCCGGCUCUUUCCUGAUCACAGUCAUCGCUGGAUCGCUCGCCGACACCAUAGGCAGAUUGCCCGUGCUCCUCGCAUGCGCGGUGGUACUCAUAAUCUCCACUGUCGCCGCAUGCCUUUCCAAAAGCUACGUGAUGUUCGUGGCAGUGAAGUUUGUCAGCUCGGGAAGCGUCACCGCAGUCAUGAAUAUUACCGUCAUGUCCGUCUUCGAGAUUACCACGCACAAUAACCGGCCGCUCCAUGUCAUCUUUGCUGCAACCCUGGGUCUUCUGUUUUCCGACAUGUGGUAUGCCACCGUCACCACGGUCAAGCUCGGCUGGAUGCUCAAGCACGCGCUCUUUAUUUUUCCGACCGUGCUCACGCUGCCGGCCUUCUGUGUCGUCUUCGAGUCGCCCCGCUGGCUGAUCGCAAAGGCUCGCUUCAAGGAGGCGGAGAUGGUCAUGAUGAGUGCGGCCGCGAUCAACCACUUUCCCAUCCAUUUCACGGCGUUGACACUGGACAAGGUCAAGACGGCGAUGGUCAGGAACACCAUGCGCUUGCCGUCCAUCGACCACGACAUGCUCAGUGGAUACUCCAUGCGGCGGCGCGUUCUCGUUUUGAGCCUUUCGUAUUUCUCCAUGACGUUCUCCGCGUUCAUCCCGUCGUUCGCCACCGAGAACAGAAAUGAGCCCUGGUACACACUCGGUUCAUUUUCCGUGAACCUGUUAGGCUACGCGAUGAUGCACCUGCUAAUCACCAGGCUCAGCAUACUGACCGUAAUGAAUGUGUGGUUUUCAGUGCUCGGCUUGCUUGAAUGCCUACUGAGCGUAGUCGUCGGUGGGGGUCCCGGGGUUAUGAUCCAGGCCUUGGUUAUGGUAGCCACCGCGCUCUUCUACUCCGGCUCUAUUCUUUGCUUCGUCUACACCCUCGAGCUUUUCCCUACAGCCAUCCGUGGCACGGUGUUGUGCUGGGUCUUCGCCUGUGGACGUCUAGGCGCCGUGUUCGCCACAGCAGGGCUGGAGUUCCAGAAGCACGGACGGGCUGACCUGGGGCACGCAGUGGCCGGCACUCUUCUUUUCGCGUCGAUGUUCGCCCAGGGUGGCCUACCACGCGCCACCUCAGCAGAAUGCACCAAGAUGGACUACCGGCGCCCGUCGUUUGUGCCCGAGCACAGAAUGGAGUAUAUGAAGAAGACGCUUGACUCAAGCAUCCGCGCUACACCCAGAAACAGGGUUAGUGACGAUAUCUCCAAAUAUAGCACUGCCUCUCGGAGUCGUCGACGUUCGCGUAACUAG